AUGACGAGCAACACCAGUGCUAGCGUCCCAGAUGUUCAGUCUGAGUUCAAGGUCGUGUCGAUCUUCGACACAGACUUGUACAAGGCAUGUAUCGUAGUAGCACUAUCAUCAUCACAAAUACUUAUUGAUCCGGUUGCGCAGUUCACGAUGCAACAGGCUAUUUUCGAAUACUAUCCUAAUGCAAAAGUCGUAUAUCGAUUCACGCAUCGUGACAAACACCGCCAGUUCUCUAGAGCAUGUAUAGAGAAUUUUCGAGAAGCACUGAGCGGUUUCGCCGAUGUACAACUAACACAUGACGAACGCGUCUGGCUCCAAGAUAAAUGCAAGUAUUUCAAGCCUGCGUACCUCGAUUAUCUCCAGUCUUAUAGGUUCAAACCCGAACAAAUUUUUGUCACAUUUCUCCCGUCUUCUGAUGACCCUGAUAUGGGCAGCGUCAAGAUCGAAGCGAGAGGCUUGUGGCUGGAGACAGUUUUAUGGGAGGUCCCACUCAUGGCAUGUCUUUGCGAGAUGUAUUUUCGGUAUGUGGAUCAGGAUUGGGAUUAUACCGGGCAAGAAGAACAAGCCAUGUAUAAAGCUACAUCCCUCUUAGACGCGCGAUGUACGUUCAGUGAAUUCGGGACGCGGCGCAGGCGGUCGUUCGUCACGCAGGAUUUGGUAGUGAGAGGGAUUAUAAAGGCGAGGGAUGCGCAUGAGUGGAAGGAGGGUUUUUUUGGAACUAGUAAUGUCUACCUGGCUAUGCGAUACAACCUCAACGUGAUAGGCACGAUCGCUCACGAGUGGUUCAUGGGCGCAACGUUGGGCGAUUACAGAGAUGCUGCUGGGACAGCUCUAGAUCUCUGGUCAAACCUCUACGGAGACAAUCUUUCAGUAACGCUCACGGAUACAUUCUCCACUGAAGUAUUUUAUCGGGAAUUCGACAAUAAACGCGCCAACCAAUGGAAAGUCUUGCGUCAAGAUUCGGGAGACCCAAAAGAAUUCGCGCCGAGGGCUAAGCGAAUCGACGGGUUGGAUUUCAAGAAGACGAAGGAGUUGAAUGAGCAGUGUCAGCUGCUUGGGUUCAAGUGUUCGUUUGGUAUUGGGACUUGGCUGACAAACGACUUUAAGAAGAAGAGCAGUGGGUAUGAGGAACAGAGCAAGGCGCUAAAUAUUGUGAUUAAACUUGGGUCGAUUGAUGGGAAAGAGUGUGUUAAGAUUAGCGAUGAGAUUACAAAGAAUACGGGAGUUCCGGAAGUUGUGGCAAAGGUUAAAGAGAUAUACCAGAUAUCGGCCUCAUAG